AUGUUGGUCGUCGGCUUGACUGGAGGUAUCGCCUCAGGCAAAUCAACGGUAUCAAGUCUGUUUUCAAACAGACACAACAUCCCAAUCAUAGACGCAGAUCUACUAGCUAGAGAAGUGAUUGAGCCUGAGACAGUAGGAUAUCAAAAAGUGAUUGAUCAUUUUGGUGCAGAUAGAAUAUUGCAAGAUGACGGAUAUAGUUUGAAUAGAGCAUCGUUAGGUGAAAUAAUAUUCAAUGAUGAAAACGAAAGGAAGUGGUUGAAUAACCUCAUACACCCAUUGGUAAGGAAGGAGAUUGUUAAAAGGACGAUGAAAUAUUGGUUCAAAGGUCAUUGGUGUGUCAUAGUGGAUGUACCAUUACUCGUUGAAGCGGGCAUGUGGAAGUUUACAGGUGAAAUUUGCAUCGUUUACAUAAAUGAGAAACUUCAAUUAUCCCGAUUAAUGUCCCGAUCCCAAACGAUCAAUGCACCUUUAACCCAGACGCAAGCUAGUUCAAGGAUAAAUUCUCAAAUGGCCUUAUCACAAAAGUUAUCCUAUGCAACAUCCGUACUAGAUAACUCGGGGUCGUUACAGGAUUUGACCGGCCAGGUAGAUCGCUUAGUAGGGAAAUGGAAAAAGGGUCAAGGUGGGAAAUCAGGUUGGUGGUGGAAAGUAUGUUGGUUAUUACCUCCCGUAGGACUCACUGCAGGAGCAUUAGUCUUGUUGGGUAGAUGGUGGAAGGGGAAUCAAAAAGAGAGAAGAAGAGCAAGGGGUGAAGUGGAGAGAAACCCUUCAAAAGAGGAAAAUAUCGAAUUGAGAGAUAUGAGAAGAAGAACUGGAAGUAGUAGUAUCACCGAUGAUCAGUAA